AUGGCUACUUCCACCGUUCUGGGUUACCCCCGUAUCGGCCCUCAGCGUGAGGUCAAGAAGGCCCUCGAGUCCUACUGGGGCGGCAAGUCCUCCCAGGAGGAGCUCCUCAAGGUCGCCAAGGAGCAGCGUCUCCAGACCUACAAGUUCAUCAAGGAUGCCGGCGUUGACGUUGUCCCCACCGGUACCUUCUCGCUCUACGACCACGUCCUCGAUGCCUCCAACACCUUCAACCUCAUCCCCGAGAACUACGCCAAGUCCGGUCUCGAUGCCCUCGACACCUACUUCGCUAUGGCCCGUGGCCACCAGAAGAACGGCGUCGAUCUCCCUGCUACCGAGAUGCAGAAGUGGUUCGACUCCAACUACCACUACCUCGUCCCCGAGCUGAGCGAGUCCACCGACUUCAAGAUCAACAACACCAAGCCCAUCGACGACUUCCUCGAGGCCAAGGAGGCCGGCUACAACGCCCGCCCCGUCCUCGUCGGCCCCGUCACCCUCCUCGCCCUCGGCAAGCCCGGCAAGGAUGCCAAGGACGCCGAGCUCGACCCCGUCUCGCUCCUCCAGAAGCUCGCUCCCGUCUACGGUGAGAUGCUCGCCAAGCUCGGCGAGGCCGGUGCCGAGUGGGUCCAGAUCGACGAGCCCGUCCUCGUCCUCGACCGUGCUCAGCAGUACGCUGCCGAGUUCAAGUCGGCUUACGAGACUAUCGCCAAGGCCGCCCCCUCGGUCAAGAUCAUGAUCGCCACCUACUUCAACAAGCUCGAGUCCAACCUCGAGAUUGUCAAGACCCUCCCCGUCGCUGGUCUCCACAUCGACCUCGACCGUGCCCCUGAGCAGCUCGACGAGGUCCUCUCGGCCUUCGCCAGCACCCAGCACGUCGUCUCGCUCGGUCUCGUCUCCGGCCGCAACAUCUGGAAGACCGACCUCAGCGCCGCCCUCAAGACCGCCCAGAAGGCCGUCGAGAAGCUUGGCGACGCUUCGCGUGUCCAGAUUGCUUCCUCCUCGUCGCUCCUCCACACCCCCAUCACCAUCGCCAACGAGAAGAAGCUCAGCGCCGAGGUGCUCGACUGGUUCUCGUUCGCCAACGAGAAGUGCGCCGAGAUCGCCACCCUUGCUGCCGCUCUUCGCGACUCCAACUCGGCCGCCGACGCCCUCGCCGCCAACGAGAAGAGCAUCAAGGCCCGUCGUGACUUCGAGAAGAACUCGGACUCGGCCGUUCGUGAGCGCGUCGCUGCCAUCAAGCCCGAGGACCUCGAGCGCAAGUCGCCCUUCAGCACCCGUAAGGAGGUGCAGAAGGAGCACCUCAAGCUCCCCCUCUUCCCCACCACCACCAUCGGCUCCUUCCCCCAGACCAAGGAGAUCCGUCAGUACCGUGCUCGUUUCAACAAGAACGACAUCACCAAGGAGGAGUACGAGAAGUUCCUCGAGGACGAGAUCAAGAUGGUCGUCGAGAAGCAGGAGGCCCUCAACCUCGACGUCCUCGUCCACGGUGAGCCCGAGCGCAACGACAUGGUCCAGUACUUCGGCGAGCUCCUCGAGGGCUUCGUCUUCACCCAGAACGCCUGGGUGCAGUCGUUCGGUUCGCGCUACGUUCGUCCCCCUGUGGUUGUCUCGGACGUCAGCCGUCCCGCUCCCAUGACCGUGCGAUGGUCGUCGUACGCCCAGAGCCUUACCGAGAAGCCCAUGAAGGGUAUGCUUACGGGUCCCGUCACCAUCCUCAACUGGUCGUUCCCCCGUGCCGACAUCAGCAAGGAGGUGCAGUCCAAGCAGAUCGCCCUCGCUCUCCGCGACGAGGUCAUCGACCUCGAGAAGGCCGGUGUUCGCGCCGUCCAGGUCGACGAGCCCGCCAUUCGUGAGGGUCUGCCCCUCCGCCAGAAGGACUGGGCCGGCUACCUCCGAUGGGCCGUCGACUCGUUCCGUCUCUCGACCUCGGGCUGCUCGGACGCCAUGAACAUCGCCUCGCACUUCUGCUACUCGGACUUCUCGCUCAUCAUGAAGUCGAUCAUCGAGCUCGACGCCGACAUGAUCUCGAUCGAGCACUCCAAGUCCGGUGAGCACCUGCUCGGCGCCUUCAAGAAGGUCGGCUACCCCUCGCACAUUGGCCCCGGUGUCUUCGACAUCCACUCCCCUCGUGUCCCUAGCAAGGACGAGAUGGUGGGCCGCAUCAAGGCCAUGGCCGAGGUGCUCGCCACCGACUCGAUCUGGGUCAACCCUGACUGCGGUCUCAAGACCCGAACCUGGGAGGAGUGCACUGCCCAGCUCAAGAACAUGGUUGCUGCUGCUGAGGAGUGCCGCCAGACCCUUGCUUAA